AUGGAGAAGCUUCCUGGCACUGACUUUGCAGCCCCAGUAGCACGAGCGGCCCUGACGUGGACAAACCAGGAUCAUGAGAUGGAAACGCAGCCUCAAAGGACUUUGUUAGGAUCAAUCCUGCGAAAUUCCGCACCAUUCAAGCCUCAGAUUUUUGCUCUCAGACAUAGGAAAAGCGCUUGGACGAAACAGCAACGUAAGAUGCUUUUUAAGGCCGGGCGCCACCCCUACGGUGUACAGCAGGAUGUAAAUACUGUGAACCGUCCCACUCAGGAUAACUACCGUCGUGCCCUAAGAACCAGCGCCUCCAAUCGUGGAUUAUGCGAUGGUGAAACCCAUCUUGGUGAUGGACAAGCGUUCCCAUUCCCAUGUUUGGGCAAUCAUGGAACGACGCUAGAACUUUGUUCUGCAACACUUAAGAUCGAUAGUAUAUUGUUAGGAAUCUGGACCGUGAUCUAUGCAGCAAGCUGGUCGAGCUUUUCCAAGAGGGCAGUAUCAGGCUUCGAGUCACAUUGUCCAAGAUGUCAACUGACGCACAAAGUGUGUCUGUUUCACCAUGAAAACAUCUUGGAAGACGACAGUUGGGGUACUGAACAAUUAUUAAUGGCUACGGACAAUGAUCUCAUUCCAGAGUCUGCGACUUUGCGCAGCAAUGGUGUCGUGAAAUUGGACGACCGGGAGUGUCACUGUAUUAAACGAAGAUCGACAGCAUAUUAUAGGUCGAUUGAUCUGUACAGCGCUUCAGACCCUGAAAUAUGUACGUGA